UGCCGUGUUCUUUGUUGACGGUUCGGGUUCCUUGCUACAUUUACACGAGAAUAUUGAUUUUACGCCGAGUGUUUUCACGGUCUUAAUGAAUUUGAAGAGAACAACUAUAACAGCAAUUUAUUUCAAAUAAAACUUUGCAAUCUUUCAAAAAUUUUUAUCACGAAUUUUUUAUUAUUUCUGAACAAAAUGGUGCAGAAAGGACCUCGACCAUUAGUUCUUUGCGGUCCUUCAGGAUCCGGCAAGAGCACUUUAUUGAAGCGAUUGCUAAAAGAAUUCCCAGACAAGUUUGGUUUUAGCGUGUCGCAUACGACGAGAGGACCACGACCGGGUGAAAAAGAUGGGGUUCAUUAUCACUUCACAACAAGAGAUCACAUGCUUGCUGCAGUAGAGAGGGGGGAAUUUAUAGAAACAGCUGUAUUCAGUGGUAACAUGUAUGGGACAAGUAAAAAGGCUGUGGAUGAUGUUCGUCUAUCUGGUAGAAUCUGUGUGCUGGAUAUUGAAAUAGAAGGGGUCAAACAAAUCAAGCGUACUGACUUGGAUCCUCUGCUUGUGUUUGUGAUGCCACCAUCUAUAGAAGAGCUCGAGAGACGCCUGCGCAACCGUAACACUGAACAAGAGGAGGCUUUACAGAAGAGAUUAGAAACUGCACGCCAUGAGAUCAAAUACGGUCAAGAGCCAGGCAAUUUUCAUAUUGUGAUUCUGAAUGACAGCUUGGACAAGGCAUAUGCGGAGCUACGUGAUUUCAUAACAAAGAAUUCGGAAAAUGUCGAGGAAGAAACAAAUGCUACCCAGAACAAUGUACUACAGAUAUAUCAUCGAUUAAUGAAUUUUCAGUAAGUCUAGUAAGAAGAGAGGUACAUUGCCAACAUAAAAGGAUGGAACAAUAUAUGUAUUACAAUAUUUAAUCUAACCUAUAUAUAUAAAGAGUUGAUUAAGAAUGUUUGUAUUUAUCUUUUAGUCAUUCCAAGAGACAAAAUGUCCUAAAAAGCUUUGGUUAUUCAAAUUUGGCUUAUAGAAACUGAAUAUUAUUAUAAAGAAGCUUAAUAAUGUAGUAAUAGCCAAUUAUAAGUAGAAGAUUAAUUGAUAUCUAUGAAAUUAAAACUUGCCACUAUUUUCUAUUCGAACUUUGGUUUUGAAAAAGAUUGUUCUUAAUACUAUAACAUUAGUAUGUACUUUUAAUGUUACCAGUUCUGUUAUUUUACAAAAAUAAAUAUUUUAAUGCAACA